UAGUAAAAUGAAAUGAGCAUCGUAUUGCUUAGAAUAACGAGAAGUUAGCGAGCUUAGCGUGAGAGUGCGGCGACAGUGGUGGAAGCAACAUGAUGUGGCAUAUAAUUUUGUUCUUUGUAAUUUUAAGUUAGCUCAAAUAAAAAAUGUGUGAAAAAUCAUAUAUUUAUAUAAUAUUUCGUUAUGUAAUAUAAAAAGUAUAUAGUCAAUAAAAUCAUUAUAAGUUAAAUGUACCAAGACGUCAUAUAGUACAAACGCGCAUUUUUCAUUUUCCCCAAAAAACCAAAGUAUUCUUUUUAUUUCUUGCAACGCAAUCGUUCGUCGCGCUGUAUAUUGGAUAUAAAGGCUGUGUGUUUUACAAAAGUGAAAAAUAAACAAAUAUAAAAGAAAACGAAAUAAAUAAAAUAAAAAUGGAAUCAUCCAUAAUUCCUGAUAUAGAAGAACUGACAAUUUGUGGAUUUUGUAAACAAAAAUUCAACGAUAAUGAGUUAGUACCAAAAAUGCUAUCAUGCAAGCAUUAUUUUUGUUUACAAUGUACGCGAACAGCAUUGAAUAAAGCACCAGGUGAAUUGUAUUGUGUACAUUGUUGGAAAUGUACUGAACUGGAUGAUCUUGGCCCGGAAUCAUUACCCACGUUUAAUGCUGUUUUACAAUUAGCAAAAAAUUUCUCAACAUUAAAGCUCGGUACAAAACCACCGGAAAAAUCGAAUAAAGUCAUAUCCGAGAAUUGUCAUACACAUGCAAUGCCGUUAGCAUUAUGGUGUCAUACAUGCUGCACGGCUGUUUGUCGAGCAUGUGCGACAACAAGUGAUCAUGCGAAUCAUCAAAUAAAAUCGCAAAGCGAAGCGAAAGAUCAGCUUGUUACCGAAGUGCAAAUCGAAUUGGUGUCAAUGACGAAAAUGUUAACGGAAAUUCAACGUCUUGGUAUGCAACAACGUGAUUUUUUAUUAAAAAUACUUGAAGCAUGUGUCACGCUAAAGACACACAUCGAAACAGACCUAACAAAUGGGUUAUCACAUUUUGAAUUAAGCGAAUCCCGUGAAUUAUUAGCGAAGACACGUACACGAUUAUCAGUGGUAGACAAUCCCGCUGAAGUACAUAGUUUAUAUUCAUCGUUAAGUAUCGAAAAACAACAAUUACAAAUGCGAUAUCAGGAGAUGUUCCUACAAUGCCAAUUAGAUGAUUUAAUUCGUAACUCAAAUUUAGUAUUUGAUUUUCAAUUAUUAAAACAAGCAUUGGCAAAUAUACAUAGUGGGGAGAUGCCCCCAUUACCAACAAAUUCACGUAUCUUGCCCCCACAUACUCAACAUAAUCCAAUAUUAUUUCUCGCCAAUUAUUGUAUGUCACAAUUAUAUACUCGACAUGUGUUAUCUAAACAGCAUUUACAAAAUGGGAAUGUGGAUUAUCAUCAUACAUCCCCGGUGAUACCACCACAUUUGGUGACUCCACAACAUGCUGCUCCACAUUUAGUUCUUGCAUCACCAAAAAAUAUUUACACGCCAGAUAAUAAUAGUGCGGCAACAUUAAUGCCAGUGCCAAAUAUAAUAACGAAUUCGCCACAACCAAAUAUUAUCCGUAAUCCAACAAAUAUAUAUCCGUUAUAUUAUUUUAAUAUUGAUGUAAAUGGUACACCACAGGGUCGUCUUGUUAUUGAGGUCCGUCCGGAUGUUGCACCAAAAAUGUCGAAAAAUUUUGGUAUGUUAGCAACAGGUGAAAUUGGUGUUGGCUAUAAGGGUUGUUCGAUAUUUCAAUGUUGGGAGGGAGAAAGUGUUAUAACUGGUGAUUUUGAAUUAAAUAAUGGACGUGGUGGACGAUCUAUUUUUGAAGAUGGUUAUUUUAUGCCUGACGAUACAAAAUUAUUAGCUGUACGUGGGGCAGUUGGUAUGCGACGUACACAAAAACGUCACGAUAAUAUGGGUAUGGUUGGAUCACAAUUUCGCAUUAUUUUACAAGAGAUGCGAGGUUUUACAGCGAUUUUUGGACAUGUGGUCGAAGGACUCGAAUUAGUUGAAAAGAUCAGUACAUUUGGUGAUCCUGCUGGUAAACCAACAAAAACUGUAAUUAUCACCAAAUGUGGUAAACUGUAAUCGUCUUCGAUUGUACCGAUUUUUAUUUCAACGAACACACCGACGAUAAACGACGUAUAACCGAUGACACGAAUGUUUUUGAUGAUCAAAAUGUUUGUUGAAAACAUAAAAUCGGGUAUGAUAUAUAAAUUUUUAUAAUUUUAUAAUUUUUUUGUUUCCUGUUUGUGUAGUGAUAACGGUUUUUCUCCUCUAAAGAAAAACUACUUCGUCUCAAAAAAAAAAAAACUACUCGUGUUAUGUAAAAAAAUCGAAUUUUUGAUUGCGAUGUUAUUUUGUUUUUUUCGGAUUUCAAUGAGAUGAUUUAUUUUAUAGUUAUUAAAUAUAAUAUAUACUUUUUGACGAGUUCAAGUUAGAUAAAUCUUAUAUUUUCACUACCCCCCUACGAGUGGUGGUACCUUGUUGGUUGUGGAAAACUGGUUUAUUGUAAUUUUUAAGAAGUAAUUGUACAAGAUCAAAAUAUGGCUUUCACAACAUCUCCCAUGUUAUUUAAAUUUGUAUAAUUAUUUUGUAAUUAAUCAGAAAAACACACUUAAAAAAAUAAAA